GCUGCUGCUGCUGCUGCUGAAGUCGCGGCCACUCCACUCCAUGUUUUGCCCUGCCCUGGUUUGCGCUCUGCCCACUGUGCGUGUCUCAUUUCCACGUCGCUCCACUCACACUGACACAUCAGCGACGGCACAAGUUGGCAUCACUGGGCUGCCACUAUCUUUUCCCAAUCGGAACCAACGGGUGCCUCUUUUCGAGGAUGACACGGAGGGUACAUGUCAAGUGACGAGUGAUUCCUUUGCUUUUGAAUGCAGCUCAUUAUCGGAAACCCUUCAGUAAUCAUUCUUUUCAGGAUUUCUUUUUUAUCCCGGUGGAUUCUUUUCCUCUCUGAAAGACAGCGUCAAGGAUUCCACACCGGUGUUUGCGAUGUGGAGACUGCAAGGGAUUGUGUGCACUCUGUGGCUGCUGCUGUCCACGGCUGUCGGUGGUGAGAGCAAAGCGCGGAGCUGCAGCGAAGUUAGACAAGCGUAUCACGCCAAAGGAUUCAGCCUCGUCAAUGUACCUCAUCAAGAAAUAUCAGGUGAGCACCUGCACGUCUGUCCUCAGGGAUACACCUGCUGCACGUCUGACAUGGAAGACAAACUCAACCAGCAGAGCAAACUGGAGUUUGAGAAGCUGGUUGAGGAGAGCAGCCACAACAUGAGGGUGACAUUUGUUUCCAGGCAUAAAAAGUUUGACGAGUUUUUCUUGGAGCUCCUGGACAAUUCCGAGAGGUCUCUGAACAGCAUGUUCACAAGGACAUUUGGAAAGCUGUACAUGAAGAACUCAGAGGUGUUCCAAGACCUGUUCACUGAGUUAAAGCGCUACUACACGGGUGGCAACGUCAACCUGGAGGAGAUGCUCAAUGACUUCUGGUCCAGGCUGUUGGAGCGGAUGUUCCAGUUAUUGAACUCCCAGUACCACUUCACAGAUGAUUACCUGGAGUGUGUCAGUAAAUACUCAGAUCAACUCAAGCCCUUUGGAGAUGUGCCCAGGAAACUGAAGGCUCAGGUCACCAGGGCCUUGAUUGCUGCACGUACAUUUGUCCAGGGCCUCAUGGUCGGUCGGGAAGUAGCCAACAGGGUCGCCAGGGUGAAUGUUGCUCCAGCGUGUGUCCGAGCCUUGACCAGGAUGCUUUACUGCCCAUACUGCCGCAACAUGCCUGGGCUGAAGCCCUGCCAAAACUAUUGCCAAAAUGUAAUGAGGGGCUGUCUAGCUAACCAGGCUGACCUUGAUCCAGAAUGGAACGUCUUUAUUGAUGCCAUGCUGCUGGUGGCUGACAGACUGCAGGGACCUUUCAGCAUCGAAGCAGUCAUUGAGCCAAUUGAUAGCAAGAUCUCGGAAGCUAUCAUGACAAUGCAGGAUAACAGCAUGCAGCUCUCAGCCAAGGUUUUUCAACGCUGUGGGCCACCAAAAGCUUCAGGGACGGGCAGAUCUGCUCGUGGCAUUUCCGAUGUGUUCAGUACCCGUUUCAGGCCUUUUCCUCCUGAAGGAAGGCCAACCACGGCCACGGGUACAAGCCUGGAAAGAUUGAGGGGUGUCUGGAGGACAAUGCAACACAGUGUGAUUGACAUCAAAGAGAAGUUGAAGGUGUCCAAGAGGUUCUGGUCCAAUUUACCGGACGAUGUCUGUGCCGAGGGCAAGCUGACAGAAUCUGACGAGGAACAGUGUUGGAACAGCCACACCAAGGCCAGAUAUUUUCCAGAAGUGGUGAAAGAGGGACUAACCAACCAGGUGAACAACCCAGAGGUGAACUUGGACAUCACUCGGCCCGACACAUUAAUUCGACAGCAAAUAAUGGCUCUGCGAGUGAUGACCAAUAAGCUGAAAAAUGCAUACAACGGAAAUGAUAUCUACUUCCAAGACUCCAGUGACGAAGGCAGCACUUCUGGAAGCGGCAGUGGCUGCUCCGACGGUUGUACUACAGAGGCUAUUAUUGUGGGAUCAGAAGCUCCUGUGAUCGGAGCGGACAGAAGUGAUGAACACACAGCAGCAGCAGGACAGACGCUCUCCCACAGACCGUCACUACUAUUGAUGGUGACCGCCAUCAUAGCGACAUUCAUUGCAAUACAGCCCAGAUGGAGAUAAUACAUUCGAGCUGGCUGCUCACUGACUUCUAUACUGCUGCGUACAGUAUGUUCUACAGCUGCUCCCUCACUGGACCUGUAGAAGUUUGUGGAAACAACCCUUUUGAGAAAGCACUGACUGGCUGUGUGCUAAGACGAAAGAGUGAGACCAGUGCUGCAUCCUAGUCAUCCCCUAAAAAGUGGUUGCUGACAACACUUUCACCUCUUGGAACAAAAAUGCAGAUGUUUCGGAGUGCAUUUUUUAAAAACUAUUACUGGUGACAGUUCACCUUGUAAUAGUUCUACCAAUGAUUUCCCAGAUAACGGCGGAAUGUGUUUAACUUUCAUUUGUACAACAUUUUUGUGACAACGUUCAGUUUAUCCUAACAAAAGGCUUACUGUGUGCAUGCAAGGAAAUAAAGGUCAAAUAUAUUUUUUUCAAUGCAAUUUUGGAUUUUAAAGUCAGAUUUCAGUUUGUAUUCAGUCAUAUCAUUUUGGAUUCCGGUGACAGCUUUCCUCUUACCAUUAAUGCUCAUUAAUACACUCUGCUUUUUUUGCACGGAUACAUUUUGUUAGCUUGUUGUGUUUUAAAACUCCAAAUGAUAAUAUAUCUAUUUUUCAGAUCAUUUAAAUGACUGAUGAUCAUGCUGCAGGCGGCACAGCGGUCAAGUGGUUAGCGCGCAGAGCUCACAGCUAGGAGGACCAGGGUUCAAUUCCACCCUCGGCCAUCUCUGUGUGGAGUUUGCAUGUUCUCCUCGUGCAUGCGUGGGUUUUCUCCAGGUACUCCGGUUUCCUCCCACAUUCCAAAAACAUGCUAGGUUAAUUGGCGACUCCAAAUUGUCCAUAGGUAUGAAUGUGAGUGUGAAUGGUUGUUUGUCUAUAUGUGCCCUGUGAUUGGCUGGCGACCAGUCCAGGGUGUACCCCGCCUCUCGCCCAAAGACAGCUGGGAUAGGCUCCAGCACACCCCGCGACCCUUGUGAGGAAAAGCGGUAGAAAAUUAAUUAAUGAAUGAAUGAAUGAUCAUGCUGCAUCUUUUAUAACAAUUACAUAUUUCACUGGAUUGUGCGGCAAUGUAAUGUUUUUUUUUAAGAUUUAAUAUAAUGUAUUAUUUAUUCAAAGCACAUUUAUCAAUUCAAACAGACAAACAGCAGUAAGCCAUUGUUUCAUUUCCUCUGCACAUUGUAUCCCAAUAACUGCCUCCUUUACAAAGCCUACACGUGUAUUUGCUUAGCCAUCAGGUCACAGCCUCCAAACACAAGUCAUGUAAGGAGUAAUGGUCUCUGCAAGAUAUCCACAAAUCCAGCCAUUAGAAAUGAAGCCAAAUGCAGAGGUUGGAGGAUGGGCUAGUAAUAAAAGAACUAAGGUCACUACAAAGACGCCUCUGUCUGUGUCUUACAUGUUUGACCUCUAACAUGAUAUAGAGGCUCAUGGGUCAGGGACCAGUGUAAUUUAUGUGAUAUUUCGCUACAAAACGCCUACUUCGAGAUAUGUUGCAGGAAUAAUUAAGGUGGCAAAUGUGAACACUUCGAAAAGGUGUGCUUGGAGACCAAUACCUGAAAAGUGAGUGUUUUUUCUCGGUGGAGACUGUCUCUAUAGCCCUCCACGAGCAAAUUAACAGCUGCUGUGAGCAUCUCAAAGAGAUUACACGUUUCAUGUAGCAAGCAUGGAACAUUACUCCUCACUUUACACUGCACACCAGAGAGGAAGAGCACUUUCCUUCACAGACGUUCUCUUUAAAAAGUUCACAAACGACAAGCGUCACAGAAAUGCGGUGCUCCUGUUGUCCUAUCCAAUGAGCCAAUAUUUGAGUGGCUAUCCAUAGGGACAACAUUUGCAGCUGAUUAAAAGUAUUUCUGUUGGACCAUAUGGCUUAGCAGAGAGAGCUCGACACAAAAAGCCUGUACUGCAGACAGACAGAGAAGAAAAUGAAUUAUGUCGCCUUGCUCUCAGCAGAAAGUGUGUUAGCAGGAGGUGACCAGCAGCUUCCCGGCAAACUCACCAUGGUGCAAUUGAAUUAGUGACAAGAACACCCCUCCCACCCGAGUGAAACAGUCCAAUAGCAUGAGCUGAGCCAUACAGGAAUGCGUUGAACAUCGUUUAGAAAUGUACAGGUGGUCCUCGAUUGGUCCUCGCCUUGUUAAAUUUUAGUCAUAAGGGAGGCGGAGGUACAAGUUGCAAGACAAGCCUUGUUUCUGCUCUUCCUGCUAAAACACGAGCAACCUUUCAGUCUUCAUAUUCUGACUAUGCUGCUUAGCUAUUGCUGUAUCUGUUAGUGGAGAGGAUCCUUUUAACGCGCACAAGGAUACUGUCAGGAUGGUGUUACGUUUAGUAUUAUGAGAUUUUCACCUUUCGGUGACAGUGACGCCUGCACAUGUGCCAGCCGAGGAGGACUGAUAGACCACUUCCUCGUCAUACUUGCAAUGUCCGGGUAGAAAUUACAAUACGAUCCUUAUCCUUAAUGAUGGUCGCGACAGUCAAGUACUAAUAUUAGUCAGAGAUAUUUAUGAUGUUCAUUUUCACUUCCAUGGUGAUGACUUGAUGCGGUCCCUGCUUUACCCUUUGGAGUCAUAAUGAAAUGCAUAAGUACUAAACGAUGCUGUCGUUACUCAUCAUAGACCAGGCGUAGGUGCCCAUACACUGUGCCAAUGUAGUGUGGCCAGCGCACUUUGUAGCUUUUGUGAUCGGCGCAGUCUGGCGCACCCACGCCUCUUUACCUCCCACUGGCACAAGUGACAAAAAGGGAGGAGACAAGGCGUGACAGGGUUUUACACAACUGAGUGUAACCAAUAAAAUGAACGCCUCCAUUUCCUUUAAAUAUGCAGGGCCCACAGGACUGCGCAUCUGAGGCCACAAAGCGCGUCACCACAUAGACCACCAUCUGACAUCAGAUGUGAUGGGACAAUUAAUAUAAAAAUUUAAAUGCUAGUUCAGACGGUUACAUUCACUAGUGGUUGCUGUGAUUCUUUAUUGCAUAAAAAUGUGUAUGGCACACUCAAAAACCUGCCUGUGAGGUUUUGGUGACGUGUGUGCACUGUGCUCCUGUCAACCAAAUUUACCAUUGCCUGGGAUGCGCUUCACCUGCGCCAUAAAUAGCUUUCAGUGCACCCUUAUCCCGCUGUUUUGUCACAAAAUUUUCACUGCGCCAAGCUGAAAAUGUGGACACUUCCCACUAGUACGCCGCCAUGCCCAUCUCGGCGCAGCCCAAUCUACCAGAUUACCAAAUUGGCUGCGCACAUUGAUGCGCUGUACGAAGUUACCACUGCAUGGGGUGCGCCAUGCUGCAUCACCCUGCACUAUCUUGAGCUGCGCCACGAAAACAGAGCCCCAGCGCCUUACGCUACGUGCUAUGCAGCAACUACUUCUCGAACGAGUGUCGUGUUUAAGGACCAAAAUUAAAAAUUACGUUUUUUAUUAAUUUACGGGAGCAUGUUUGUAACCACGGAACGUCGUAAACUGAGGACCACCUGUAUAAUAAUAAUAAAAGUAUUGAUUGUACGUUCAGACAUUUGUUUUGUUAGCUCUUUUAAGAUGUGAUGUCCCUGUCCUUUUUAAUAUUUUAAUUGGAAAGUGUUUAAUUCACUUCUGCCUUUGGCAUUUUAGUUGAGUGACAGCACAUGUCAGUUUUCAAACACAUUUGUUAAGGAAACCGUUAAGGAAAACUGUCGAGUUAAUCGAGUAUGAAAAAGAGCAAAAAAUAAAGAGCAAGGGUAUGACGUUGAUUUAAUCAUUUAGUAAUGUAAUCAAAAUUUGGCCUCGGAUGAUUUCAGCUUUACUGCAUUAACAGCUGUGCGUGUGAGCAUCUGUGGUUGUGCAAAGGUUGAUUGCCCUACUAAGAGCCCAGGCAAGACAUGUCUGCAAAUGAAUGAGAAUAAGAUAGAUCUUUACUGUUGUCCCUGAAAUGCAUUGAAGGAAAUACACAGACACAUUCUUAAGCUGGUCCAAUUUCUCCAAAGAGCUUGCAUCAGUAAACAACACUCUCAUUAUGUUAAGAAGGAUGUUUGCCCUUUUCCUUUGCCUUGUGUAUUCUCCCCUGACAAGCUAUCAGACCAUGGUCGCACACAGAGUAUCAGUGUCGGAGAUGCUUCAGUGCUUAACUUAAUUUGUUGUGAGGCUUUUUUUCUUCUUUAGUCUCUUUGGCAUUUCAAAAGUGGAAAAAAGAAAACUGCACCACCCGUGAUUGAGGUUUGUAGGUUGUUUACAGAAUGUUUCAAGUUAAAUGUGUUAUGCAAGGUUCUCUUCAUUUUGACGUAAACCGUUUAAUGCACUUUUGCUUAAACAUAUGCUGUGAGUGUGGUAGGGUUGUCAUUUGUGAAAUCAGAUGACCAAGGAGCAGAUGAAGAUUUUCACAGCCGUCAAUUGACGCUGUUUUAAGUGUUUUGGAACUGAAGUUGCUGAUACAAGCGGACAUGCCUUACCAUUUUUUAAAAUAAUUGAAUGGAUAGCUCAUUUGGCUUUUGUUACAGAAAAUAAAUAUUAAACAUUUUAUUAAAUAAAUGAAAUUAAAUGUGGCUAUGUUCUCUUUCUUGUCUAUAUUUAUAUUUCAGCAUGACGCCCGUG